AUGGAUGCCAUUCCUGGAGGCACCAUGCAGGACAUUGUCGGAGAAAAUUCCGACAUCAGGCAUAAGGAAGCCGUUGAGCCAGGCGGUCGUCCACCUUGUGGUACAGGGACAAGAAGACGGACUCUACGUCCGAUGCCCCCGCUGGUGUACUCAUCGCCGCCAGCUCUGACAGAACUUAGGUCACUGUUGCCGCCUUACGAAGCUGCUGAGCUACUCGUCGAUACCUAUUUCGACCGAGUUCAUUGGUUUAUGCUCAUGUUUCAACAGGAUGACUUUCGUCAGAACUGGCCACACCUGUAUAAGACACAAACUGACCGCACAAGUGAAGAUUGCAACGAUCUAGGAUUUCUCAGCACUUUUCUGAUGGUCAUUGCUAUUGGAGCGCACUAUGCCGGACCCUACCGGCAAGGUCUCCUUGCUCGACACGAUGUCCAACCUGAGACGCUCAAGCAGUACAUUUUGAAAGCCGUAAAAUCCAGUUUGCUGGACAUUAUCCCGGUUGGAUCGUUAGAAGUGGUUCAAACGUGCAUCCUAUUAGGAACAUACUAUCUCUUCCACGGUGCUCCUCGGCUAGCAUGGCCGGUCUGCGACUGCGGCCUUCGGGUUGCCCAGUCGCUCAACUUACACCGCAAGGUCGACAGAGACCAUGCCACCUUGUCAUUAACUCCUAUCGAGCGCAACCAGAAUGAAACGAGGAAGCGUUGCUGGUGGGCCAUCUACGAGAUAGAGACGUUCUGUUCGAUGUCUUACGGCUAUCCUCAUAGCAUCAAGGACGCAGACUGUGAUGUUGAGCCACUGAAUCCAUCCGCAAAGCUACGGAAUGCUCCGUCACCUGUGUCCUUUGAUGAACCGUUGAGAUGCGAGACCACCCUUUUGUCCUACAAGUAUUACAUGUCGAAAUUAUCCGUUCUUACCAAAGCGGUCCUCAGCGAGCUCUAUGGAAUUGGGCCUGGUCUAGUAAACAAUAACAGGGCUUCUGGUGUGUCUGGCUCGAGCUUACGCGCUGUUGUUAUGAGGGUAGCGAGCCUGGAUGCAAAUCUUCGGAACUGGCGAGCCGAAAUCCCUCCAAAACUGCGGUGGGAGACGGUUGCUUCUACCAGCAUGAGCUAUUCAUCCCAGGAAUAA